AUGGCCUCAGCUACAUUUAUCAAGAAGUUGAGGGAGGAAGCUACCUGCCCCAUCUGCCUGGAGCUGAUGACUGAGCCCGUGAGCAUCGACUGUGGGCACAGCUACUGCCGCGUGUGCAUAGUGGUUCUUACUGAGAAUCAAAGCUCUGAAACAUCAUCUCCGGGGACAUUUAAUUGUCCCAAGUGUUGGAAUCCUUUUCAAAGUGGUAGUCUCCGGCCCAACAAGCAGCUGAGAGAAAUGAUUGAAACCUUUAAGGAAAUGAUUGAGAACAUGUGUAAUGAACAUGGAGAGCAGCUCCAUCAGUUCUGUGAAGAUGAUGGUCAGCUCCUCUGCUGGUGCUGUGAGCGGUCACCACAGCACAAAGGACACGUCACUGCUCUUGUUGAAGUUGCAUGCCAAAAUUAUAGGGUAAAGCUCCAGAAAGCAGUCACAAAAUUGAAAAGAACAAAAUCCAAAUAUAUGCAGCUGAAGCUAGAUACAACUCAGAAAAUAAGUAGUUGGGAGGAGAAAGUAAAGAAUGAGAAAGAAAGAAUCCAUUCUGAAUUUAAAAGACUUUACACAUUCAUGUACAUGAAAGAGGAAUUUUAUAUGCAUAGACUAGAGAAAGAAAAAGAGCAGAAGCUGAGCAGACUGCAGGACAAUGUAGCUCAUCUGGACAACAAAGUAGAGGAACUAAAAAAUGCCAUCCUGGAACUGGACAAGAAAUGUCAGGACUCAGCGAAGACUCUGCUGCAGGGUAUAAAAGACACCCUGAGCAGGGUCUCGGCUAUCAAUCUAGAAACACCAGAGGAUGUUUCUUUGGAACUGCAUACUGUGUGCAAUGUCUCUGAGCUUCACUUAAGUGUGAGAAAAAAUUUAAAGCGCCACCAAGGUAAUAGCAACUAA